UUUCGAGCGAUCAGUUGCUGUACACACUCCAACGGAUUUGGAUACCAGUCCCAGUGGCAGUCGCGAGCGGAAAUCUAGUUGAAACCGAAUUGAAACGCAGUCGUAGCGGCAGAAAAGCAGAGGAAAACGCGAUCUUAGUAACAGUUGCAUCGAGUAUACGAAGCGUGAAACACAAACGACACAAUAAAUACUGUCAGAGAGAAAAGGAGACAGAGACGGACACGGAGAGUGCAACUUAAACAACGCCAACAAAAGCAACAAAUUCGUAAACAAUCAGAGUAACGGUGUUUUUGUGCAAGUACCAGUUUGCAUCAGUCAUGCUGUAGCCACGUGGACAGGAUGUUUCUAAAGUGACUUGAAUAUGGACCUUGGUAUCUUUGACCUGUCUCCCCAAGAUCUGGAUGACAUACACAAUGACGACAUACACAGUCUGGAUCUGCUUAUGCAGGGCGCCCUCGACGACAGCAUCCAGCUGGGCCACAAUGGCCUCUCCGGUAGCGGAGUCGGUGUCGCCACCUUGGACUCGCCCCACACCCCGCCCAUGAACGGCCUGGAGGGCCAGUUGAAUGGGAAUGGACGUUCCCUGACGGCCCAGACGCUGGCUCACGUCCAUCCGCAUCUGCCAGAGAGUCCGCCGGACUCGCAGCCCGCCUACAGUCCUCUGGGCGAGGCGCACGGCAUGGCGAUGCCCCAGGGCAGGGACCUCAUCUAUCCCGGCUUAACGCCCAUGCAACACCAGGCCAACAUGCUGCAGACAGAACUGGGUCAGUACGCGUCGCCGCCCCAACAGCACCACUUUGCCGCUCCCCAGACGGAUGUGCGGGUCAAGCACGAGUCCGGACUCAUAAUAAAUCCGGGGAACCUGCUCUGCCAGCAGCAGCAGCAACAGAUGCAACAGCAACACCAGCAGCAGCAGCAACAGCUUGGCGACCAACAGUUCGCCCAGCACCAUCAGCAACACCUGACACACCAGCAGCAGCAACUACAGGACAUGGGCCACGACCAGAUGCUCUACUAUGAGAACGGAGCGGGUGGUGGUAUUUAUGCGUCCGACAGCUACCAGAACCUGACCACCUGCACGCUGACUUCGACCUUGGGGCUUGGGGAUCGAGUCCAGGUGAUCGGGACCAGCCAGUUGUCGCUGAACCGUCUCUCCGCGCCCUCCACACCCGUGCACUCGCUAUCGCGCAAACGGAAGAUGUCAACGCAGCUUGACUGCCCCGACUUUGCGUCGCCGCCCAAGGUGGAGGCCGGUUUGCAGAUGAGUCCACUGCGUGCCUCCCACCACUCACUGGGCACGCCCACGGCCGCCACGACGCCUGCCCCCUCCCACACCCACUCCGCCUCCGUAUCGCCAGCCCUGUCCAACAUAAAUUCCCAGGCAGACAACAGCCUGGAUGGACAUGCGAGUGGCGUGAUACCGGGAUCGGGUGCCGGAUCAGGACACAAUUCCGGUUCUGGCUCUGGCAGUGAGGCGGGGGACGGCGCCGGCGGCCAGUGCAUUCGUUUCAGUGCCUUCCAGCCGGAGAACUGGCACAAGUUAUUCGACCAGGACAUGCAGGAGCUGUCUGUGAUCUACUACCGCGUGGACGCGGACAAGGGAUUCAACUUCAGCGUCUCGGACGACGCGUACGUGUGCCAGAAAAAGAACCACUUCCAGGUCACUUGCCAUGCGCGCCUCCAGGGCGAUGCCAAAUUCGUGAAGACCCCGUCCGGCCUCGAAAAAAUCAAAUCCUUCCACUUGCAUUUCUACGGCGUUAAGUUUGAGGCGCCCAACCAAACCAUCCGCGUGGAGCAGAGUCAGUCGGACCGCUCCAAGAAACCAUUUUAUCCAGUACCCAUCGAUCUCCAGAAGCACAUCGUCAGCAAGGUCACCGUGGGGCGAUUGCAUUUUUCCGAGACAACGAACAACAAUAUGCGCAAGAAGGGUCGCCCCAAUCCGGAGCAGCGCUUCUUCCAACUGGUCGUGGGUCUCCACGUGCACACCAUUUCGGGCAACUUCCCCGUGAUGAGUCACGGGAGCGAGCGAAUCAUCGUACGUGCCUCCAACCCGGGUCAGUUUGAGUCCGAUGUGGAUCUUUGCUGGCAGCGAGGUAUUACCCAGGAGUCAGUCUUCCAUGCGGGCCGUGUGGGAAUCAACACAGACCGGCCAGACGAGAGUCUGGUGGUGCAUGGCAACCUCAAGGUGUCCGGCCACAUUGUCCAGCCGAGCGACAGUCGCGCCAAGCAGGAGAUCGGUGAGCUGGACACUUCGGUGCAGCUGAGAAACCUGCAGAAGAUUCGGAUUGUUCGCUACCGCUACGAGCCCGAGUUUGCUGUCCACUCGGGUCUCCGCCGUGAAAGCGACACAAGGGAGAUCGUAGAUACUGGAGUGAUUGCGCAGGAAGUGCGAGAGGUGAUCCCCGAUGCAGUGCAAGAGGCUGGCAGUGUGGUACUGCCCAAUGGAAACGUCAUCGAGAACUUUCUACUGGUCAACAAGGACCGUAUACUGAUGGAGAACAUCGGAGCCGUUAAGGAGCUAUGCAAGGUGACCGGAUCCCUGGAGACGCGCAUCGAGCACCUGGAACGUGCCAAUAUUGGCCACAACAGCCACCAACUGCGUGCCAAGGAUCUACUGGAGCCACGUUGCCUUCUGCCGGAGCGAGGAUCCCUCAAGCCAUAUGGAAGCCGGCGCGAUGGGUACGAAGUCUGCUCCAGUCGAUCCCUGCAGAUAGUUAUCUUCCUGCUGAUCAUCGUCAUGGCUGCCUGCCUGGCGGCGGUGUCCACGUUGUAUUUCGUGGAACACAACAAGCAGCAGCAGAUGGAUGGCUACCAACUCUUUGGAAACGGACAUCUCUUCCGUCCGGAGACGGGACAAGCUCAUCUGAGCGAGGAGGAUCGACAUUAUUUCCACAACCUGCACACUCUCUUCAAAAACAAAACCCAUGGGACGUGGCCUAGUAGAAUGUAUGCCACCAGCACUUCACGUCCACCCGGAAACCUGCGUCCUGGCGAAGAUGAAACAGAAGAACUAGCGGCGGUAAUAGGAAAGCCACAGGUGCCCACUGGUCUGCAGCAACAGCAACAGCAGAGCCUUAAGCAUACGAUCUUUACCACGACGGCUCCUCGUUUCAACAACAAGACUCUCAACAGCAAAAAAGCAAAGUGGCCAAUCUCCCAGGAGGUACUUCGCCAGUCCACUGGCCAAAAAUUGCUCCAGUCGGCUGCAGUUAAUGUGCCACCCGCACCCGUGAAACCACCUACCCAGUUGACAGUCAACGAGACGAUAUCCUCCACAGAGAAGCCACCACAGGCUAUUCCUCUGCCUCAGGACUUCGAGAAUAACUCUAUCGAUAUCGAUGCUCAACAGCAGCAGCCAAAGCUCUCGGCCCCUAAGUUGGACGAGCACAUCGUGGUGGUGGGCACCAUAGCCAGUCCCGUUUCCGACGCCUCUGACUCUAAUACUCCGGCUGCCCAUCCUGGUUCGCAUCCCAUUCGCAAGUAUAAUACCGGAAACGUGUACGCCGUAUACAAGACGGUAUCGCCACCAACUGCUAACCUGGCGCUGACCACAAACAAGGUAAGCACGGGGCCCGUCCAGAGUGCUUUUUCCCAGGCUCUCGAUGUUCCUCCAGCGGCUGCGGCACCAGUCCGUAACAACAGCGACAAUCCGGACGCCCUAGACCUUCAGAACCUGAGCAAUACUAACGAGUCGGUGGACAAUCCUAUUACUGGGGUAUACGGAUUUGAGUAUCAGGCAGCGGGGUUGCGGGAAUCAAACUUGGAGAGACGCUCGGCGAACCAGCGAAGUCUGGACUUUGGAAAACAACAGACCAUCAGGACGUCGGUCUUCGGUCAGCCAGCGGAGUGCAAUGGAGACGAGUCGGUCAGCGACAACUGUCAGUCCGUUUGCUUUGAGGAACUGCCACCCACACAGCCUCAGCCGGAUAACUUGGAUGCCAACAUCAAGGAGCAGCACGUGGAGGACGAUCUACAGUCCGCUGAGGAGCAGGAUCAAGACCCGGAUAUCAUUGAGACCCAACACAUUGCAUCAGCCAUUGCAUCUGUCAAUGAGACCUUCAGUGGUCUUGAGCUUGGCAAGAACACUGACGUCCAAACGAAGAAUUUCCCCCAAGAAGCAGGGCCGGUACUGGCAGCCAACGACGAUCCUGUUUACCGCUUGGUCCAGACUGCCAGCGCUUCGGGGGAGCUUCCCAAGGCCGAUGAAGCAGUUCUUCCGCCUUUCCAACUCGACUGCUGGAGCGUGACUAGCUGUGUGCUCGCCGCCCAGGAUAAUCAGACCAUCGGCGUGCAGCAGUUCUGUCCCAGCACACACAAUUCGCUGAAUGUGAGCUAUAUAGUUCCAGUAUCACGUUACCUUCAGGCGAGCAGCCUGGAGGUUCACCUAAGCUCUAACAAACCACUACAGUGGUCCAUCUGCAUGGAUCACGAUGAGGAUCAGGCCAAGGCCAAUGCCAAUGCACAGUUGAACGAGGAUGACGAGGUUCCGCCCGCCAGCGGAGUGAAGAUCCUGAAGCAGCUGGGCAACAAUAAACUCAUCCUAGCUCUGGACUUGCCGGCUCGCGGCUACUUCCUGCGUGACUUUAUGCUGCGCGCCAGCCACGAUUUGGAACAGCAAAAACUUUGCGAUGACAACGCUCACCCCAUACUCCAGUACAACUUUAGAAUCGUAAGAGAUUGUGAUUAGUUUACAGCUUAAUUUAUAGCACGGAUCGAAUCUGAACUCCAAAAAUAUAUGUAUAUGCAUAGCUAAUUUAUGUGUAUGUACUGAAUGUUUGAAUGUUGUUGUGGCUAUGUCCUGGCACCCAAAACACGGAACAAAAACUGUUGAUCAGCGAGCAAAAGCUGAAAUGAGUACAUUUAUACGUAAAGAAACAAAUCAUUAUUAAAUGCAAAACAAAUAUCGACCAUUUAAAUAAAAUAUGUAGACAAAUCUUGUA